UUACUCUAGACAUCUCUGGAGUAUUUUGGUGUAUACUUUCUGUGGCCAAUAUGGUCAUAGUCAAUAUACAAUUUCAAAUUCUGCCUUCUCAAGUUAUUAAAUCACAUCAGCCUCUUCCCAAGUACUGAUGACAACAGUUGACACAAUGGGUUUUCCCUGUUUUAAGUGCUUGACCUACGUUACAGCAGUUAACCCUCACUACAACCCUAUGAGAUAAGUACUAUCAUUAUGCAGAAUUUACAGAUGGAAAAACUGAGGUCCAGAGAAGUCAAGCAAUUCUCCCAAGGUCACACAGCUCAAAAGUGGCAGUGCUGGGAUUGAAACCCAGCAGCCUGGCUCAAAGCAACCACACUAAGCCAUCGGCUGCUUUAGAGUCUUAGGGAGCAUGAUAUUAUUGACCAUGUAGUGUAUAUUAUAUUCUGUAGAUGUAACAUUCCUUCUUCACCCAUUCCCUUUAGUUGUAUUGAGAUGAGGCUAUUGUCAACAAGGCUAUAGAACACUCAUCAUGUAAACAACUUUUUGUGUGUCUUGGAUGAUCUCCCAGACCAAAUUUCUCAGUCAAAGGAGCAGUUUUAAGACUCUUGCUCUAUGUUAUUCAGUGACCUUAGGAAAGGCUGCAUUAUUCAUAUGCCCACUAUCAGAGGAUGAAGGCUCCUACUUUGCCAACAGGGAAGAACUUUCAGGGAGGGGACGUUGAUGUGUCAACCAAGAUCUCAGGCUGCAGUGGUCAGGAAGGUCCCCAAGCCACAUCAGCACGUGAGAAUUUUGUAGAAAAUGGUUUGAGGACCGUUUCCAGAAUUCCCGUACCCCUCAGCCACUCAAGAGAGUGUGGAGGGGGAAGGAGUUAGGUGAGAGAUGUUCUUUGGACAGGGAUGUUGUCUCACUGUGAAUCCUCACCCCACUUUCUUCCCCUCAAGCUAGGGAAUCCUUUUUCAUGAGACCAUCGGGGAGCCUGAUAGGUGCUGCCCACCGUGAGGAGGCUCAGCCAACUGGAGCCUGACUUCACCCAAAGGAAAUAUAGCAGCUUGUGACCAUAUAGGGUAGGAUAGAGGGGCUGUAAUGAGAUGGGCCGUGGCCCUGCUAGGGCAGGCAAAGGAUGUUGGAAGUUUGCCCAGGUAGACUCUGCAGAAUUGGGGCUGGGGGAGGUGUCACCUUGGGCCCUCAGAGGGGCAUAGGGCCCAGGAAGCAACGUUAGGCAGAGAAUGCCACAUUCCUUAAGACUGAGGAAGGGACACAGGAUGGAAACUGGGGGAGAGGAGUCCUGAGGAAAGGGCAUUUCUGAAGAAUUCACAAAACUGGCCAUGAGAAAAGGAGUGAGAAUUAACCAUCUGCCAGGCCUACAGAGCAGGAGGCCAGGGAUCAAGUAAGAACAGUGCUGGUCCCCUGAGCUUUCCCCUCCGCUGAUUCUAUCCUGCUGGGGAGAGGAAUCAAAGGAGCCCAGCACAUCCCUUUUUCCUCAAAGGUGGGACAGGACUCCAGGCUUUGGUGGGAGAUAGGGAGGGGACCAGAAUUACUUUUGAAUGAAGAUGGAACUGCCCUCUUCUCCCCCUCACAUGCUCUUGCAGCUCCAGAUUUCAGAUAGGUCUCCCCCUUAGCCUGGAUGACUCCUCAGCCUUCACCUAGAAGACUGGAUCUUCUCCAGGGAACCUUUCUUCCCUGCUCACCAUCACCGGGCUCUGGACUCCACUCCCAAAUCAUGAUUGCUUCCAGAUCCAGCUGCCCCAGCGGGAUGGUGAGCCUGUGAAGGUAGCGACCAUGUAGGAAGGCAGCUGUGCUUGCCAGGCACCAGCAGCACACAUUAGCAACCACACAGGAUGGCUCCCCAGGACUGCUACACCUGCACCGAGACCACUGCUCCAUCACAGCCCUGGCUGAGAAAGUCAAGAUGUGUGAGGAAGUGUGAGGGGGUGCCUGGAGAAGAGACUGGACAAAGCAGAGGGGAGCAGGGGAGCCUGAGGCCUUUGAAUCCACAGGGAGGAAACCUAGGGUCUAGCAACCAGGGGCCCAGGUGUUCUGCCCCAACCUUAGCACCUAUUGUGUGCCCAAAGCUUGACUCACACUAUCUCAACAUUAUGAUCAUUGCGCAGAUGAGCAAUCUUUGCAGGGAUUGCAGGCUGGUCAGUUUUUUGAAGAGCCAAGAUCAUCUAGAUCAUCUAUGGUGACCUGUCACCCCAAGGCAGAGACAAAGCUGUGGGCUGGUCAGACUAUGCACAAUUUCUCCCAUCUCCGUACCUGCUCUUGGUGACCGAAGGAAAAUACAAGUAGGACUGCCCAGUACUCACACGCCACAUACACAGCUCUUAUCUGACAUCUGCGGUACAGACAUCAUUGCAGCCCGUGGCAGGAGCUAGAAAGCUGGAGCAUGAGUUGGAUUCUGUACCUGAGCCUCGCCAUCCACCUGGUGGUGCAGACAGCUCUGGGUGCCUUGUACACCAAGAAGCCUCUAGUAGUUACAAAAUAUGGGACCCUCCAAGGAAAGCAGAUGCAAGUGGGAAAGACACACAUCAAUGUCUUCCUAGGAGUCCCAUUCUCCAGACCUCCUGUGGGUGCCCGCAGAUUCGCUGCCCCAGAACCCCCAGAGCCCUGGGAAGGAAUCAGAGAUGCCACCACCUAUGCCCCUGUGUGCCUUCAGGAGUCCUGGGGGCAGAUGGCUUCCAUGUACUUCAACAUGCACAAAACUUACAAGUUGCUGCAGUUCAGUGAGGACUGUCUGUACCUGAAUGUGUACGCACCUGUGCGCGAGCAUGGGGACCCUCUGCUUCCGGUGAGUACUCUGCCUUCAACCAUGCACCUUCCCACUCGGGCACCCCACUGUCCCACUCAGGCCUUAGCCCUUCUCGCCCAGGUGAUGGUAUGGUUCCCUGGAGGCGCCUUCCUUGUGGGCUCCGCUUCCGCAUAUGAUGGCUCCGAAUUGGCGGCCCGUGAGAAGGUGGUGGUGGUGCCUCUGCAGCACAGGCUCGGCAUCCUGGGCUUCCUUAGCACGGGCGACAGCCAGGCCCGCGGAAACUGGGCCCUGCUGGACCAGAUUGCAGCUCUACGCUGGGUACAGAAGAACAUCGCAGCCUUUGGCGGAGACCCAGGCUGCGUGACACUGUUCGGCCAGUCAUCAGGGGCCAUGUGCAUCUCAGGACUGAUGACAUCACCCCUAGCCCAGGGUCUCUUCCAUCGGGCCAUUUCCCAGAGCGGCACCGCAGUACUCAAAGUCUUCAUCACUCCUGAUCCACUGAAGGUGGCCAAGAAGAUUGCCCAUCUGGCAGGCUGCAGCCACAACAGCACAAAGAUUCUGGUGGACUGCCUGAGGGCACGAUCAGGGGCCGAGAUGAUGCGUGUGUCCAAGAAAAUGAGAUUCUUCCAUAUGAAUUUCCAGGAAGACCCUCAAGAGAUUGUGUGGUUCAUGAGCCCCGUGGUGGACGGCGUGGUGUUCCUAGACAAUCCUGUGGAGCUCCUGACCCGGGGGCAGGUUGCACCUGUGCCCUACCUUUUGGGUGUCAACAGCAUGGAGUUCAGCUGGGUCUUGCCUUUUAUCAUGAAGUUCCCACUAAACAAGCACUGGAUGAGAAAAGAAACCAUCACGAAGUUGCUCUGGAGUGCCAGCACCCUGUUGAAUGUCACCAAGGAGCAGUUACCACUGGUGGUGAAGGAGUACCUGGCUGAUAUCGAUGACCAUGACUGGAAGAGGUUACGAAACCAUGUGAUGGACCUAGCUGGGGACGCUACCUUUCUGUACUCCACGUUGCAGGCUGCCCGCUACCAUCGCAAUGCCGGCUUCCCUGUCUACAUGUAUGAGUUCAAACACCAUGCCCCCAGCAUCAUUAUCAAACCCCGCACUGAUGGGGCAGACCACGGGGAUGAGAUGCACUUCAUCUUUGGCAUAGUCCUCUCCAAAGGCUAUUCCUCAAGGAAGGAGAAGGCGCUGAGCCUCUGGAUGAUGAAAUAUUGGGCCAACUUUGCCCGCACAGGAAACCCCAAUGGUAAAAAGCUGCCCUACUGGCCACGCUACAACAGAGAUGAGAAGUACUUGCAGCUGGAUUUAACCACAAGGGUGGAUGAAAAGCUCAAGGAGGAGAAGAUGGCCUUUUGGAUGAGGCUGCACCAGCAUGAAGGACCUGAGAAACAGGGCAGUUCUGAGGGUGGCUCUGCAGGAGGGAGCCUUAGGGAUUGUCCCACCACCCAGGCCUUGGGGAGACUGGCCACGGACACAUCUAGGACAAGUGUCAUGCCCUCCCCAGUCUAGGUCCUGCGGAGGCUCCCUGUUGCUUCCAGGCCAGAGCCAGAGCCUUAGUCUGUUUGGGGCCCUGAACCAUUCCCUUCAGCCUGACAUCCCAUGAUGCUCACCUGUCUCACUGACCAUCAGGUUAGUCCAGGCCCUUUCACUGCCAUACUGUGGGCUACCAGUUCUCAGAACAAAUGCUUCUCUCCCUUCUCCAAAUCCUUCCACCCAUUAAGGUCAACUUGAAGCCACUUCUUAUGGGAAUUCCACCCAGACUGCCACUGCCCCUAUCAUUACACCAGCUUGGACUUACUAUUCAUCUCACUCAACCUUGUGCCUGUUCACAUUGGCCUGAGCCCUUGGGCAGGUUAUAUGUUACAAGAAGUGAAGUUUUGAUAGCUUGAGAUCUUCUCCCCCUUCCUACACAUCUCCCGCAGGGCCCCUCCAAAGCCAGGGAUGGUCCUCAAUAAAAACAUGUUGACUUGC